AUGGAUACAAAUAAAUUAGCAAUUGUACUAGAUCCCAAAUCGAACCGGAAAAUAAUUAAUCAUAGAUAUAAAAUCAUAAAGAAAAUAGGUCAAGGGCAAUAUGGGAAAGUAUUAUUGGGAGAAGAUGUUACAACUACGGUAACUUCCACUGAAAAGAAUAAGUCAACCACGAUUUCAACUUACGUUGCCAUAAAAACUAUUAAUCGAAUAGAUAAAUCGAGGCUAUUAUUAGUGAAGAAUUCUAGUAAUAACAUCAGCAUGAAGAUUAAACGUGAGAUAACAAUAAUGAAACAAUGCAAUCAUCCUAAUAUUGUUAAAUUGUACCAAGUAAUUGAUGAUUUAAGAUUUGAUAAAAUAUUAUUGAUUUUAGAAUAUUGUCAAUAUGGUGAAAUUGACUGGAAACGAUAUAAUCAUUACCGUGAAAAAUAUAGAAAGAUUGAUACUGAAAGCACGCGAGGGAACACUAACUCCAUACCACAAACACGUUUGACCUUAAACAAGAUUCUACGUGACAUCAUUAACGGAUUAGAAUAUUUGCAUGAUUAUAAACAUAUAAUACAUCGAGAUUUGAAGCCAUCAAACUUACUAAUAAACCAGAAUAAUACUGUCAAAAUAUCAGAUUUUGGGGUGAGUCUAUUACUAGAGAAUAAUGCUAAUGACGCCAAAGAAUUGGCAAAAAUCAUGGGUACGCCAGCAUUUUAUGCGCCUGAACUAUGUCAAUUUGUUAAUAAUCGGUUUUCUAUGGUUACUAACGAAGAUCAUGCUGGUAACAAAAUUAAAAUUAGUUAUAAUAUUGACAUUUGGUCAUUGGGAGUGACUUUGUAUUGUUUACUGUUUAAUAAUUUACCCUUUAAUGGUAAUAAUGAAUUUGAAAUGUGUAAGAACAUUGUUAAAAGUGAACUACAAUUCCCUUUAAUCAAGCAUUCAUCAAAAGUUACAGAGAAUGAUAUCCAAGAAUUGAAAUGUUUGAAAGAUUUAAUCAAGAAAAUUUUGGUCAAAGACCCAGAUGAAAGAAUAUCAUUGAAAGAGAUUAAAGUGCAUCCAUUUACUACAUUUGAUUUAAGUGAAUUAGAGAAGAAGAAGUUUUUCAAGUUUAAUCAAAAUAUAUUCAAGGCAGAAGAUUGUAAAAAAGAACUUGAUGUUGAUGGAGCAAUUCCUGCUUCAUCUCCACAAUCUUCAAGUUUGUCAAAAAGGAUCAAGAAUUUGUUUUCAAGCAAACUGCCUGUUGCUACUACUGCUACCACUACCACUUCUUCUCCACCUCCAGCAACUACAUUACCGUCAACACCAGGAAAUUCAUCCCUGAAACACACACCAAGCAAUUUGAAAUAUAACAAUUUGUCAUUAAAGGAGUUGGAGCAUGUAGAUGAUUUAUUGGAUUCUUAUUUGGACGAUUCAUCAUCAUUGGGGAGUAUUGAAGGAGACGACGAAGGUGUUGAUACAUCUAAUAUACUUGGUGAUUUGGAUAAAGAUACAAAUUAUGAUCAUUCGCCACUGCAAUUACAAGAAAAAGCCAGUGAUCUAACCAAGAAUGCGACACAAGUAGAAACAAAGCAUAAACCUCAACCAUUGGAUUUGAAGCAAGCGGUAACAUCUUUCCCACCACUACCGCCACCUCGAGGUAACUUUUCUUCUUCUUUGGAGGUGACAAACAAUAGUAAUGAUAAUACCUCAUCACCAGUGACACCAAUAAAUGAAAACAUUACUACCAUUAUUGGAGAAAGGUCGCCUGUGAAUAAUUACAAUGGUAUCAAUGACAAUAUUGGGGAUUUCCCAAAGCCUUCGAGACAAAGUUUUGAAAAACAAAAUAAACUGGCAUCAUUAGCAUCAAUGACCUAUCAACCUACAAUUAUAUCAUUAUCAUCUCCAGUGAAAACAAAAUCAGAAUCGUGGGGAGGUAAACCGAAUAAUACGUCUAUACACAAUAGUAUUGGCGGAAUAAGUGAUAAUCAUAAACAUUUGAAUAUGUUUGAGCCACCCCUGAUAUUUAGAGAAUCAAAGCCUCAGCCACCCCUGGAGGGAAAUAAAUCUGCCACUGUUGGCAAUACUGAAAAUAGUUUUGGUUCUACAAGUCGUCGAAACUCAAAUACUUCUCAACAUUUUGGGUAUGGAUUAUCAAGAAUUACUAGUUCUUCAUCAAGUUUGAAUUUGAAUGCAUAUUUGACUGACGAUGACGAUGAUAAUGAUAUUAAUUCUGCUUUAAUGCCAGAACUGAAUCGUUCAUCAUCGAUAUCGACAAGAUAUAGUUUAAAAAGUAUUCAACAACAACUGCAACCACCACCACCACAACAACAACAACAGGAUAAACUGCAAAACAUCGAGCAUAAUGAAGAUCACGACGAGUCAGAAGAAGGUGAUUCAACCAUAAUUGCUAAUAAUUAUCAAAUUAUGAGAAAUUAUAAUGAUAUGAGUAGUUACUUAGAUGGGUUAGAUUAA